GUUUUCCUACCGAGCGGCCGAUUCGCAUCAAGCAUUUUGGACCGCAGAGGAAACAUUGUUUCUUUAUCAUUGGAUUUUCUGUGGAAAAAACUAUCGUUCGUAGCGUGAAAAGUGCCCCAAAAUGGCAUCGGAACGUUACAGCUUUUCGCUGACCACUUUCAGCCCUUCCGGCAAGUUGGUACAAAUCGAGUAUGCUUUGGCCGCCGUGUCAGCCGGGGCACCAUCCGUGGGCAUCAAGGCAUCCAAUGGGGUUGUAAUUGCAACGGAGAACAAGCAGAAGUCGAUCCUGUACGAUGAGCAUAGCGUUCAUAAGGUGGAGAUGGUAACCAAUCAUAUUGGUAUGAUCUACUCUGGAAUGGGACCGGAUUACCGGCUGUUGGUCAAGCAGGCCCGAAAGAUUGCGCAGAACUAUUUUCUGACGUACAGGGAACCUAUUCCGACCUCGCAACUGGUGCAGAAGAUUGCCAAUGUGAUGCAGGAAUAUACGCAAUCCGGUGGUGUCCGUCCGUUCGGGGUGUCGCUUUUGAUCUGCGGUUGGGAUGAAGGGCGUCCCUAUCUGUUCCAGUGUGAUCCAUCCGGAGCGUACUUUGCGUGGAAGGCUACCGCUAUGGGUAAGAAUGCCAUCAACGGGAAGACGUUCCUGGAGAAGCGUUACAGCGAAGACCUGGAGCUGGACGAUGCAGUCCACACGGCGAUUCUCACGUUGAAGGAAGGCUUUGAGGGACAGAUGAAUGCAGAUAAUAUAGAAGUAGGAAUCUGCGAUGCGGGUGGCUUCCGUCGACUGGAUCCGUCCGAUGUCAAGGACUAUCUGGCCAAUAUUCCAUAAGCUUUUUUUUUUUGCUUUUGUAAGAACAUAAUCGAACUGAUUUUUCUUUCGAAAUCGGUAGGAGGUUAACACUUAUGCUCUUAUUUCAAUAAAUCCUGGAGGAUUAAA